AUGCUGCGUCGGUGGCCGCAGCGGGGCCUGGCGACGGCCCCAGCGACGCUGCAACUGCAAGCUCCGCAGCGCGCGUUCUGGAGCCAGGCCGUUGAAAUCCUCUCGCGACUGAAGCCUGGCGAUGCGGGCACCAGCAGCGGCGACAAGGAGAGCGACCAGGACAGCUCCGUCCCCGAGCGCGCCAGCUCGAGCAGAGGCGCGAAGGGGUGGCGUCCGCCAGUCCCGGGCGACGUCAGCUUCCCGGACUUCCUGCAGGACGCGGGCGAGGGCCAGAUCGCCCACUCCAAGCAGGUCUUCGCCGACUUUGCGCGCCACCUGCGCCGCGCCUCGGACAAGUCGCAGGCGUGGGACGUCGUCAAGCAGUGCCGGCCGUUUGUGGUGGAAAGUGGCGGUCUCCGGUUCGCCGACGUCGACAGCGACGCAGCGGGCGACAAGGUCGAAGCCUCCGAAGUGCUGCAGAUGCUCCCUGCGGACUCGUUCGCCGAGCGCACGGCCGGCUCGAAUUGCCGCUCGAUGUUCGUAGGCGCGACGCCGUCCAAAGGCACCAUCAUUGCGGCCAACGAGGCGGUGGUGGUGGCCUUGCUGGUGGACGGGCUUCACGCCCGCGGCCAGCACUGGGAAACGAUCUCGUUCUUCGACGGCUACAGCCGCGAGCGGAAGAAAUGGUUGAAGGCGCGAGCUGCACCGGAAGAUACCGGCAAUGACGGCGAGGCUCGUCAAGGUGCAGAGGAGCAAAAGAAUGUGGCGGACUUUGUGCGAACCACUCGUUUGUGGGCCCCAGCGCGCUCCGCGUACCUGAAGUCGCUGUUGGCGAAGAGUCGAUACCAUAAGAUCGUUCAGUUUGCUCGCGAAGAUCCUCGCAAUCUGGAUGUUGCGUGUGAAUCCGUGGCGACCAUGACGUCCCUGCUUAUCGGCUGUCGCAAGCAAAAGGAUAGCGCCUUGGCUCGACUCGCUCUUGACAAAAUGUCGAGGCGAAACCCAAUUGCCGUCCUUCCGUUAACCUUUUACGAGCUCGCCUUCAAGUCUGCGAUGCAGAAGAAGAACCGUGAUGAAGACGAUGUGGAGAACGCGCUCUGGAUUGCUCGUGUGAUGCACGAUAACGCUGGAUACGUUCUCCAGCCGGACCUCUGGUUUGCACUUUUCAACACGAGUCUGCAUCUGAAGCGAGAGGACUGCGCGCUCAAGGCGUUUGCAAUGUACUGGAGCAACUUCAGGUCGCUGCACCAGGACAACUUCCGCAGAGCUCUCCGUAAAGCUUGCCGCCUCAGCUAUCCCGAUGUCGUACUGACCAUGGUGCGUCAGUGGCUGGCUGCAAUCGGCGACGAUGUGGACGCGGAAGCGAAAACCAAGGUGGCCAGUUUCGUGCUGUGGGAAAUGCUGUCAAGUGGCCACCCCAUGUCAGCCAUUACAGAAAUGCUUGCUAUCAUGGACUCUUCCCGGAUCGAGGCAACCAGCGCUGUACUGCAGCGAGUAGCAAAAAUGAUGCUAGACGACGCGAGCAGCAGGCUUUCACCUCACGACACUAUCAAGGACUCGCUCGAGUUCUGGAAGGCGCGCAGUUCUGCCGUGCAGAACUCAGUGUACGUCAUGUAUGUGCUGCUUCAGCAGUGUUUGGAGCGCGGCUGGCUGGACGAGUGUGAGCUGGUAGUGAACGAGAUCGUAGAGCGUCGUUUGCCGGGGGUGCCGUGCAAUAGCAUUGUCAAGGCAAUGGUUGCGAACGAGGAGCGCGAGCGGUUCGAGAACAGCGUGAGCAUGUGCGAGGUGCUGCUAGAGUCGUUGUCUCGUCCAGCGUUCAAGACACUGAACCAGCAGUUUUUCGAGCACUACCUGAAAGCUCUCCUGUGCCUGGGCCGCUUCGCUGAAGUGCGCGAGCAGCACGCCCGCCUCAAACUGGGCAAGCGCUUUCCGAAGAGUACGGCUAUUGCAGUCGCACUACGUGAUGCCAAGGCCCAGCAGAUGUGA